AUGUUCAUUUUGAAUGUUCGAAGACAGCUUAAUGUGCUGAGUAUGUUGCUUGCUCUCUUGGCAGUUCUGUCGAGCAUGGCAUUAGCUCUCAGCGAGCAACCUUUCGCAGAGUCCAGCAUGGAUUUGUGGGAACUGGCAAGAACACCGGACGAUGGGGGUCAAUGUCCUCCCUGUUUUAACUGCAUGCUACCGGUUUUUGAGUGCAAACAGUUUUCCCGCUGUAAUUCAAAUACUGGUAGAUGUGAGUGUCUAGACGGCUUUGGUGGGGACGAUUGUUCGAAGCCUUUGUGCGGUGCGCUAUCUGAUGGUAACGAUGGCAGACCUCCAAGAGAUAACGAUACUGAGAGCUGUCAAUGUGAAGACGGCUGGGGUGGAAUCAAUUGUAAUAUAUGCGAAAACGACGACGUUUGCGAUGCUUUUAUGCCAGAAGGGCUAAAGGGAACAUGCUACAAGAACGGAAUGAUUGUCAAGAAAUUUCAUCAAGGUUGCGAUGUCACAAAUGCUAAAAUUAUACAAAUAUUGAAUGGCAAAAAACCCCAGGUCACCUUUUCUUGCGACAAAGCUUCUGGGGAGUGUAAUUUCCAGUUUUGGAUUCAAGAGGUCGAGAGCUUCUAUUGUGGGCUAUCGUCUUGCGAAUUCAAGCACGAUCUUAGAACUAAUUCGUCCAACUAUCACUGCGAAUCUGUACAGUGCAAGUGCGUGCCGGGAGAAAUGCUUUGUGGGCAGAGUGGUUCGAUCGACAUCUCAGACUUCCUGACCGAGACUAUCAAAGGACCAGGAGAUUUCGGUUGCGACCUGAACACGAAAAAAUGCAAAUUCAGUGAGCCUAGUAUGAACGACCUUAUAACUACGAUUUUUGGUGAUCCUUAUAUCACACUCAAAUGUGAGUCGGGAGAAUGCAUGCACUACAGUGAAAUUCCAGGUUACGAGCAGCCAUCCAAAGACAGUCUUUCCAUGUUUCAGAUCUUAGUGCUUUCUGCUACUUCGUUCCUUUUCCUUUCUCUCACAGUAAUUGCCAUUAUCUUCGUCUCAAGGAGCCCAUUCUUCAGUAGCCAACCUGUUCAAUUGAGUGACGAUAGCGACGGGGACGAUGACUCCUUAAAAUCUAGCUUGAGAUCGACACUGACUUUCGAAGACAUCUGUUAUACUGUUUUGACGGAUAAGGGAGAAACAAAGCUGCUGAAUGGCGUAAGUGGAUCUGUGAAGCCUGGCGAGAUUUUGGCUCUGAUGGGAGGGUCUGGGGCAGGAAAAACCACGUUGUUGGAUAUUUUGGCCAUGAAAGACAAGACUGGUAAAGUAACAGGCUCCGUUAAAGUAAAUGGAUGCGAGCUUUCGAAACAGAAACUUUCCAAGAUUAUUGGUUUUGUUGACCAAGAUGAUUAUCUGUUGCCUACAUUAACAGUAUAUGAGACUGUUUUGAACAGUGCUUUGUUGCGUUUACCAAGGAAGAUGAGCUUCUUGACGAAGCAAAAAAGGGUGUAUCAGGUUCUCGAAGAACUUCGCAUUUUUGAUAUAAAGGAUCGGAUAAUAGGGGACGAUUUCGAACGAGGAAUAAGUGGCGGUGAGAAAAGAAGAGUAUCAAUUGCCUGUGAGCUUGUCACGUCUCCUUCCAUCUUAUUUUUAGACGAACCCACGUCAGGCCUGGAUUCCAAUAACGCAAACAACGUAAUUGAGUGCUUGGUGCGUUUGGCCCUACAUUACAACAGAACUCUUGUUCUGUCGAUCCAUCAACCUCGAUCCAAUAUUUACAAUUCAUUCGACAAACUAAUUUUGCUGAGUCAGGGUGAACUUGUCUACUCUGGUGUCGCGAGAGAAGUGAGCGACUUCUUGCGCAAUAACGGGUACGAAUGUCCAUCAGACUAUAAUAUUGCUGACUUUUUGAUCGACAUUACUUUUGAGGCGAAGAAGACAUACACGAGAAUCCUGGCUACGCCAGAUGAUAUUGAAUCCAACUUGCAUGGUGAACAUGCACAUGACUUACCGGCUAUUCAAGACAACAGGAAGGACUCUGCAACGGCAACUCAGGGUGAAUGGGAACACUACGCUGCUCACAGAGACGAGCUGCGGUCUCUGUUGGAUCGAUCUGAUGAUGAUCAAGGUCUAGGCGUGCUGAAUACAAAGCUUUUACACUCUAAGUUCAAGGAGAGUCAGCAAUUUGCAGGGCUAAUGCAAGAUAUUGAAGCUAUCAAGGAUUCAUCAACAGAAGACGCUGUAGAGGCUCUCAGUAGCGCGAAACCAGCGUCUUUCGAAGAGCAGCUUAUGAUUCUCUGCUCGCGAUCCUUCAAGAACAUUUACAGAAACCCCAAAUUACUAUUGGGAAAUUAUCUCGUUACUCUGCUGUUGGGUUGUUUUUUGGGCUUACUAUACUAUGAUGUCGAGAACAACAUCAGUGGAUUUCAAAACCGCUUGGGUCUUUUUUUCUUUAUUUUGACUUACUUUGGUUUCUUGACCUUCACCGGUUUGACAUCGUUUUCAUUAGAAAGGCUCAUUUUUCUAAAAGAGCGCUCAAACAAUUACUACAGUCCAAUGGCUUAUUACAUCAGCAAAAUUUUGAGCGACGUUUUACCAUUGAGAGUCUUGCCACCAGUGAUUUUGGCACUGGUCGUAUAUCCCACGGUUGGAUUGAACAUGGUGGAUUCGGCGUUUUUUAAAUUUGUCGGCAUUUUGAUCUUGUUCAACCUUGGUAUUUCAUUGGAGAUUCUCACCGUUGGAAUUUUUGUCGAGGACCUCAACAACUCCAUUGUUAUAAGUGUCUUGAUAUUGCUCGCUUCGUUGCUAUUCAGCGGUCUCUUCAUCAACACCAAAGACAUCAGCAACAUUGCCUUCAGAUACCUAAAGAACCUAUCGAUCUUUUAUUACGCUUACGAGUCUCUAAUCAUAAACGAGGUUAAGACGCUAAUUCUGAAAGAGACCAAAUAUGGUCUUAACAUCGAAGUUCCUGGAGCUACAAUUUUGAGUACGUUUGGCUUUCUUGUCAAAAAUUUCCUGUUUGACGUUAAGCUGCUUAUUGUUUUCAACAUGCUCUUCCUGGUUCUAGGUUACGUGGGCCUCGAAUUGAUUGUAGUAGAGAAGAAAUGA